UCUAGAAGAUACAAGGAACUUUUGUUUUCCUUAAAAACUAAUUUUUGGCUUAAAUGCUAAAUAUUUGCGUAAUGUAUGGAUAUUGUGAAUGGAAAUAUUAGCAUUUGAGGUUCAUGAAUAUAACUUAUCCAACAACAAAGAAAGAGCAACAGUCAAGAUUCCAUCUCUGGAAAAUAUCUUUCCAGUUCUCGAAUACUUGGUUACAAAUUAAGGACAAGUAUUUGCCAGUUAGAAAUACCUCGUGUAGAUUGAUAUUAUCAGUGUUAACAAUUAGUUAUGAUUUAUUCAUAGAAAAUAGUUGUUAAGAUGACCAAACAAUAUAAGAUACCUCAACAUAUUUACCCAAAAAAGGAAUAGAAAGCAAAUUAACAUCCUAGUAACUUCUUAAAAACAACUAAUUAAUACUAAUAUCACUAACAUAUAUAAAUACAUCAACUCAACAUUCUUACCAAAUCAUCUUAUUUCAAAAUCACAAUAAACAAGCAUAUACCAUUAGAAAGGUGUAAAAAUCACAAUACUUACAAUAUGGCAAUUCAAACAUCAAAGAAAAUUGCUAGUGUGUUGAUUGUUGUAAUCUUAUUUACAAUAACUUUUUCAGCACAAGUCUCUCAUUCUAAAACGAUAGAUGUAGAGUGUAUAAAAAACUGUAUUGUUAAUCAAUGCAUGAAAGCAUCAAAGAAGGCGACUCCAGCAACAUGUGACAAUCCAUGCAAGACAAUAUGUACUGCAACGGGUAUUAAGAGUUACAUCAUUCCACGAGGUGGUGGUCGUGAUCCAAUAAAAGUAUUCUGCAGGACAUUUACCUGGUUCUGUGACAAUUAAUAGGAAAGUAUAUAAUUGUAUAUUUUCUAUGUAUAUGUCAUAUAUUUACAUUUUAUAUCAUUAUAUAUCGAUUAAUAUCUCAUAUAUGUGUUUAUUCUUUUUCCCAAACAAUAUUUUUUUAUAGUUUCAAUCAUGGUAUAAUCACACUAAAUGAUUAGUUGAAGACUCUAAAACUCUUGGAAGAUUUUCAUCUCAACACAUCUACUAGAUGAUCGCAAACGAAUUUGUUCUCAUUUACUAUUUUAAAAUUUCAAUACAGAGAAAAUAAUUGUUUAGAUCAAAACAGUGAUAACCUAUAGAAACCUAUUAAAUAAUCAUAGAUUUUGGUAUGCAUUAGAUUUACUGUGAUUAAGAAAAAAAGGAGACAAGGAUGCGAAUGGGAUGGAGUUUUGGUUUGGUAUCUGUUAGAUUGAUCAUAGAUUUGAAAAUUUCUAAGAAUCAUUAGGAAUGAAUAGAUCCUUUUUUUCUUUUAAAAAAGGUAACCGGGGCAUCUAUCUCUGGUGGUAAAGGGCUCACAGCUGUGAGUACCGCCACCUGGGUUCGAUUCCCGACCACUGCGAAAUUUAACAUUCGGGCCGCAGCGACACAGAUUAGUCCAUUGGGCCUGGGAAGCCUUUGGGGAAACUGUGUAUAAUUCAAAAAAAAAAAAAAAAAAAAAAGGUACAUUAGCUGUAAAAAGAUAUUUUUUUAAAUUAAAUUUAACAUUCAAUUAAAAAAAACCUAUUAAAUGAUCCUCAUUAAGCCAACUCAUAGCAGGUCCAUUUGUAUUCAAAUAUGGUAGUGAUUUCACCUUAUUCCUAUCUAACAUUAGGCGUAACACAUGACAAAUCUAUGAAGAAGUAUGAACCAGCCUACUCAAAAACUCGACUCAAACCAAUUUCUGACAGAUAUUCUCCUUCACCCUAUUUUUACCAUAUGAUACAGAAAAUUUGGGAACCGUUGAAAGAUCAAAGUAUACUACGUUAACUAGAUGAUAACCUGCGCCCUGUGCGGGGUGAGUUUUAAAAAAAGUAUAAUAUACUUAGAUAUUAUAAAUAAUAUACAUUUUGUCAUCAAUAACAUUUUUUUACAUUUGAUUAGAGGUGGACAUUCGAGUACUAUUUGGUUCGGUUUGGAUCCUUGAGAGUUUGGAUCUUUGCGGGUUUGGGUUCGGGUUUGGGGUCAGAUAACCUAUUUAAAUUUUUUCAAAAAUAAAAGUUCAUAUAUACUUUAAAUUUUCAAAAUCUAAAAAUAAAAAUAAUAUAUAACAUAUAAAUUUGAAUAAUGUAUGCCAAAAUACUUAAACUUAACAUAAAAAUUGGUUUAGAUUAAACAUUUGGAUAGGAAAUCAAUAGUUUUUUUUAAAGUAUUUUAGGUAUUUUAAGUAUUGCUUAGCUAUUUUAAACAUGUAUUUAUAACUAUUUUUAUGUAUUUCCAAGUAUUUUGGACAACUUAAAAAUGUCUUAUAUAUUUUGUAUAUUCUUUUAGAAAUUAAAUUUAAAAAUAAUUAAUAUAUUUAAGUAUAUAAAUCUUGUUCGGAUAUAUUCGGAUACCUAAAAUAUUACGGUUUGGAUCGGGUUCGGUUCCGGUUCUCUAGAUACCAAAAUUUUGAACCCAUUCAGAUAUCUAACCAAUUUUGGUUAAAAUUCAGUACUAUUCUUUGGAUCGGUCUUGGUUCGGUUUUUAUGGAUUCAGAUUUUUUUCCCAACCCUAUAUUUUUAUUGUGACAAAAUUUUAUCAAAAAUGAUGAUGGUUCAUAUUGACUAUGGGUAUGAAACAAUUUUUAAACUAAAACACAUUUUACUAUGUACAUAACCCAUUUAGUUAAUCAUUAAAAAAUGUUCUAUGCCUAUUUAAGAAAAUGAUGAUGGUUCAUAUCGGUUCUAGGCAACUUUCAGUAUUAAAAUAUUAA